UGAUGAGACACCAUUUGAGUUCUGAGUGCAGUGUUUGAUUGGAAAAAGGAAAGAAAGGAAACAGGAGGCUGAGUGAGCAACUGUGGACUUCUGUGGUGCUGUGAGGAUGAGUCUGUGUUCCUCGGGGAGAAAAGGAAGGAAAUUGAAAUUCAACUUAAAAACGGGAGGGGAAUGAAAGCAUCGAUUCGAGGCGUGAGCGCGCGCGGACCAACACUGACACCCGGUGCCGCGUGCGCGCGCACCUCGCAGCCAGCGAGCGCUCCUCGUGCCGAGUGACAGACGCGCUCCGCUCCUCCGUCCGCGACGCGUCUGUCACUCCCGACGUCCGAAGGCAAAGUUUGCAGAUGCAGGAGGCUCCGCUGAUGGUCGUCACCCUCGCUCUGAACCCAACCAGGAGGCGGUAAGAAGUCCGAGAGAAGCGCAAGAGCCGGUCAAAGGAGGGAGCUAUGCCAGUCCUCCUCUGCUGUGUGUCGGAGCUGCAGCAUGGUGUCUCUCCUUGGACUCUGGACCUACAGCUUCACCCCCGGGAGACCUCAUCUCCUCAUCCUGUCAGCCACAACUCUCCCGCUGCUGCUGCUGCUCGCCUCCAUCACCGCCUCGCAGCCCUGCUUCCCGCACACCCAGCCCUGCCACAUCCUCACCCGGAUCGGACACACGGUGCGCCUCGGUGCGCUCCUGCCGACCCGCCAGCCGGCGCGGAUACAGAACGCGCUCAACCGCGCCCUGGCGAGCCUCCGGCACCAGACCGGGGGGGCGGACAGCUCCACGACCCCGUCCCAGACGCCCCCCCUGCUGCCCUACAACCUCAGCCUGGAGAUGGUGGCUCGGUCGCCGGUGGGAUGGGACCCGGUCUCUUUGUCCCGUAGCGCCUGCCAGGACCUGGUUGUCAGAGGGGUUUCGGCGAUGCUUGCCUUCCCUCGGACCAGGGAGGAACUGAUCCAGGUGGAAUUCCUGUCUUCAUUCUUGGAGAUCCCCUUCGUUUCCAUCCUGGAGGACACCGAGCCGCUCGUCACCAAGAACCAAUUCCACCUGCAGAUGUCAGCCCGCGUCCCCCCGUCAACUCUGGGUGAUCUGCUCCUGGCGGUGCUGCAGGGCAGCGAUGGGGAGAGGGGGAGCCGUGAGCCGGGCACCUGGGGUGGAGCGGCAGUCAUCUGCCCCGGGUGGGAGGAAGGCGGAGACGGACUGCUGGCUCACCUGCAGACGCACAGUGGACCUGCCUGGCAUCUGUGGGACAUCAUUAAUUUGACCCACAUCUCAGGGAGCGGGGAGCGACGCAGCGACACCAGCGAGGAGAGGCGGGAGGACCAGAGGGAGGAAGAGGCCCUGAAGAUCAUCUCCACCAGUUUUCUACGCUCCUCAUCCCCCAUUUCCUCAGUGCUCCUUCUGGGCUCUGACCCGGAGUGUCUCUCGUCUGUGUUGCGCGCUGCUCAGAGACUCAUCACGUCGCUACCGGCGCUGCAGUGGAUCAUGGGAUAUCCCUUGUCGCCAGAUUCACUGCACACCUUAGGAGGUCCCCUCAGCUUAUUAGCUUAUGGAGAGGUUGGAAGGAAGCCAAUCAGCUUCUACAUUAGGGAUGCGCUGCAGCUCAUUGGACGAGCUGUCACUGCGGCUGCUAUGUUGAGACCGGACCUGGCGCUGGUCCAGAACAUGGUCAAUUGUUACGACAAGACCACCCGUCAGGAGCUGCCAUCAUCGGGACAGUAUCUAUCCAGAUUUCUUUCAAACUCAACAUUCACUGGAUCAACAGGGCUUAUUCAAGUGGACCCCGGGCGCUCCAGGGUUCUGUCCUCGCAGCUCUUUCAUGUCUGGAGUCUAAAACGAGGAGCGCUCGGCCAACCCGCUUGGGUCACCGUCGGCCAGUGGACCAGAGGAAGGCUGGAUUUGGAAAACGGGGUCCUGGGAUUGGUAGGUGGUUUGGGGAGCAGCCAAGGUCAAGGUCUCGGCGCUGGGGUGAGAGGAGCGGAUGGUCAGGGGGAAUUCCACAGCGGAGGGCGGUGGAGACCUGGGCUGUCUGUGGAAGGACACCGGCUCCGGGUGGUGACCCUGGUGGAGCACCCUUUUGUUUUCACUCGUGAAGUGGACGAGGAUGGGCUCUGUCCUGCUGGUCAGCUGUGUCUCGACCCCAGGACCAACCGCACAGACAUCAUCCAUGGACUCUUCAACCAGCUGCACAACCCGAACAUCUCUUCAGACUGGGAUCCCGGCGAUCUCCCCGAGGACCUGAGGAAGUGCUGCUACGGCUACUGCAUUGACCUUCUGGAGAAAUUAGCGGAAGACAUGGGCUUCACCUUUGACCUGUAUAUCGUGGGAGAUGGAAAGUAUGGGGCGAUGAGCGGGACGGGGCGCUGGACCGGGCUCGUCGGGGACCUGCUCAGCGGAACCGCCGACAUGGCCGUCACCUCAUUCUCCAUCAAUUCAGCCCGGAGCAGAGUCAUUGACUUCACAUCUCCCUUCUACUCCACCAGCUUGGGAAUUCUGGUUCGCAGCCGGGACACCGCCGCCCCCAUCGGCGCCUUCAUGUGGCCGCUCCACUGGUCAAUGUGGGUGGGCAUCUUCGUCACGCUGCACCUCACCGCCCUCUUCCUCACCCUGUACGAGUGGAACAGCCCCUUCGGCAUGACGCCUCAUGGCAGAAACAGGCUGCGCGUGUUCUCGUACUCCUCCGCCCUCAAUCUCUGCUACGCCAUAUUGUUCGGACGCACCGUCGCCACAAAGACUCCAAAGUGCUGGACCGGCCGCUUCCUGAUGAACCUGUGGGCCAUCUUCUGCUUACUGGUGCUGUCCAGCUACACAGCCAACCUCGCCGCCGUCAUGGUCGGGGAGAAGACCUUCGAGCAAGUGUCUGGGAUUCACGAUGACAAGCUCCAUCAUCCCUCUCUGGGGUUCCGCUUCGGCACCGUGAGGGAGAGCAGCGCUGAGGAUUACAUGAAGAAGAGCUUCCCUGAGAUGCAUGACUACAUGCGUCGCUUCAACCAGCCCACCACCCCGGACGGAGUCCACAUGUUAAAGACAGAUCCUCCUACCCUGGAUGCCUUCAUCAUGGACAAAGCGCUGCUGGACUUUGAGGUCUCUAUCGACGCGGACUGCAAGUUGCUCACUGUGGGAAAGCCGUUCGCUAUUGAAGGCUACGGCAUCGGGCUGCCGCAGGGCUCGCCUUUAACCCGCAACGUUUCCGAGUUUGUGAGUCGCUACAAGUCCGAUGGCUUCAUGGACAUGCUGCAUGACAAGUGGUACAAGGUGGUGCCGUGUGGGAAGAGAGUCUUCGCCGUGACUGAGACCCUGCAGAUGGGGAUCCAGCACUUCUCCGGCCUCUUCGUGCUGCUGUGUAUGGGAGUGGGCGGAGCCUUGCUGACCUUGGCAGGUGAACACACCUUCUACCACCUGAUCAUCCCUCGCCUGCGGCGCCGACACACUCUGCAGUACUGGAUGCACACCAGUCAGAAGAUCCACCGAGCCCUGCACACCACCUACGAGGACGUCGGGAAGGAGCUGACGGGCCUGGACCAGAAUGUGUCGUCGUGCAUCUCAGAGAACUGCUCCCUUCACCGGAAGCAGCACCAAGCCCCGCCCCCUUCCCCUCCUACGUCACUUCCUGCAUCCAACUCUGCAGGAGACACUGCGAACUCCUCCCCCUCUCACGAGCCCAAGGAGAAGCGGGUGCACUUUGACCUGGAGACGCUUCACAGCUACCGCCUGCGCACUCACACGGCCUCGGUGCGCGGCCGCCCGGGCAUGGUGGGCCGUCCCGGUCUGGGUCUCGGCGGGUUGGGCCUGGGCACGUUCGGGAGUUUCGGCUCCCCGUCGCAGAUGUGCCUCCACGCCAACGGUGGUCCGGUCUCGUCGCUGGCGUCGACAGGGUUGGUGCUGUCCCCGCUGGGCAGCAGGGGAGCUCAGACAAGCCUCUGGGAAGGAGAGCUGCAGGAGCUGCAAGGGAAGAUCGAGACCUUCCGCACCCAGCUGCGAGAGGCUCUGGCCAGGAGAGCGGAGAUCCAGAGCAGCCUGGAGAGAGAGAGGAGUGGCCACGUGCGCAGGGACAACAGUAUGGACAGGGACAUGGAGCGGAGGGUCCAAACUAUCAGCACCGACCGCAGUAAUCCACCCAAACUCCCCGACAGAGACAGGACCAGUCAGCUGCAGACCCUGAACAAUCAGCAGGCGGGGAGGCCCAACCCAGCGGCCGCCGCCGAGACCCUGGAGCGAGGAAGAGCCAGCCGCCUCAACACGGUCAACAGCUUGGACCGAGGCCGACCGAUCCAGGUCCGCACAGCCGCUUCCCCGUCAGAGGAGCGGACGGUCCAGUCGCGUACCUCCACCAGCUUGGAGCGAAGUCGGAACAGCCAGUCGCGGAGCAGCUCCAGCCUGGACAGGCAGAAGCUGUCCUGCAACACUUUGGAGAGGACAAAAGCCAACCAGUCCAGUCCCAGCAGUGGGACCUAAGUGACUCUGAGGAGUGAGUGUGGAGUGGAUGCAUAGCCGCGGGAAGUUGGCUGCAGUUGGGCUUGAUUCAAAUGUUGCGCUGCACACGGUAGAAGUUACAGUAGCUGCUGGAUGGAGAAGAUGGUGGUGAGGUCCAGAGAGUGUCGGAGAGUGUGUUUCUGUGGUGAGACUGACUCUCCACUGUGGCCUCAGACCUGGAGUUGGUGACUUCCAGGUGUAUUUUGAGAUGUUUCAUAGAAGGGAAAUCUUAACUGUAUGUCAGUUAGUCAACGUGUGAUUAUAGUUUUUUUCCUUCAUUUAAUAACUUUCCAUCCACUGUUAUGAGUCACAUCAUAUUCAUCUCCGACUCAGUGAGUCCAACAGCGAAGGGUCACGGGAUAUGUGAGACAGAACAGGGCCGAACAGCAGUGCUUUCUCAGACGUUGUCAGGAAACAAACCAACCCUGAAACAUAACCACCUGGUUUCAGUAACAACCCGUUCGUGAAACUAAAACUUCCAAAACAUUGUGUUACGUGACCUUUAGAUAUUAAAGAUAUUCCAGUGGCUUUUGGUCAAACCUUUUUAGAAAAUGAUCUAAUGUUUGGACAAAGUUUGCAACCUGACUCAAAAACAAUAUAAGUCAGCAAUUGGGUGAAAAACCUGGUGAGUUCACAAACUAUAUUUGCAAAAUGCAAUUUCAAAUGUGAUACCAUAUUUUCAGUCAAAAACUGCUUCCAAAUAAGAGAAACUUCUGAUAAUUUCAUGUUCAUGCUGAAAUGUUGACAGUGACACGUUUUUUAUGUACAUUCUUGAAUCUCUAAAAAAUAUCCGAUUUAUAUAUAUAUUUAUAUAUUAUAUAUAGUUAUUUAAUGUCAACGUAAACAUAAUUCUUUUUCGACGUAUUUUAUUUUGGUCCACAAUCAUUACGGGAAUUUGUUUAGCGUUCACCAAAUGCAUGGAAUUAUAUUUUAUGAUUUAAAAUUGAACGCAAUCGCGCAUGUCAUUUCUGCGUGGACGACAAAACCAUUUGACGCCAACGUGACAUCACCAAGCUGACGGUCACAUCUGCACAUGCGCACACCUGAUCGAGGAACAGAAAAAUGGCGUAAGUUUUUGUUUCUGAGUUCGACCAUGUGUCUUAAUUGUCCAGUUAUCGGCGUAAGACCUGUCCACAUCAUAAAAGUAAAACCGUCACACUUCGCUUUGAUGCUUUCGUCAUAAAGUAAGUAAGUGAGUCAUAUUUAAAAAAAUAAUAAUAAUUCCGGAAUUCCUUUUACUCAGUCUUUUAUGUCGGUUCACUUUCUUUUCUUGGUGAGUCUAAAAGCAAAAACGGUGCAGCUUAUAUAAAUGAUUCUAUUUUUUCUACAAGCCUAUUUUAGCGCGCUAUUUUCAUAUGAAAUGUUUAUGGUUGUGUUGAGCCACUAGAUGGCGCUGUAGCCCUGCUUCCCGCGGUUAUGGACGCCUGAGUUGUUGACUGUCUCAGUGUAAAGAAACCAAGCAAUGACUUUUUAAAAACGUGUAGCAGAUGUGUUUUUCUACCGUCCUGUCUCCUAAAAAAAAAGGCCUUCGAAGAUUCCUCGCGCUGAUAUUGUCAUACUAACUUUUCCAGAGACGCAGUCAGUCGUUCGAACCCGUGUGUGAGGUGGUCGUGUUCUCACUCCGUGAAGAGGAGUCGAUAUUUUAGGUCUUUAUUAAGAGAGAAAAAAAAAGCUUGUGGUACAAAAUAUAUUUAACAAAUGGUUUUAAAAUUAUCCCUUAUAGAAAUAUUGUAUCAACAUUUAUUGAAAAUAUAUC